UGUCAUUCGCUGGCCAGGCUUUUAUUUUAACUCGCGCAGUACCAUCCUCUCUCUCUUCCGACGGAACUCAGAAACAGUUUUGUCUCUCCGUUGACUACAUCAUCGCCCUUCUCCCAGCGAAAUCUCAAGACGACAUGGCCAAGUUUGAUGGGCCAGGGUUUACGAUGGUUGAUGGUUCAUGGGUCCAGACCAAAGCCAUUGAUGUUGGAUCAUCAACCGAUAUCUCACCUUACCUUUCCCUUAUCUUAGAAGAUUCUGUCUGGAAUGGGAACCGAUCCAUUAUCUUCGAUGUCUAUUGGGAUGUUGAAUCUGUGGACACAAAGUCUGAAUGGCGUCUAUGCUCAGUGAAGCUAAGUACCAAGAACUUAUGUCUCUUCCUUCGCCUUCCAAACCCGUUCCAUGACAAUCUCAAGGAUCUUUACCGCUUCUUUGCUUCCAAAUUCGUCACCUUCGUUGGUGUCCAGAUUCAACAAGACCUCGUUUUGCUCAAAAAGAAUCAUGGUAUAGUGAUCAGAAGCUCCUUGGAGAUUGGGAAACUAGCGGCUAUAGCUCGAGGAACUCCGAUAGUUGAGUUCCUUGGAACCAGAGAAUUAGCUCAUAAGAUUCUUUGGUAUGAUAUGAGCCGGCUUGAUUCGAUUCAGUCCAAGUGGGAUGAGGCAGGAGCUAACGAUCGUCUUGAAGCUGCGGCUAUUGAAGGUUGGCUUAUUUUCAAUGUCUACGAUCAAUUGCAGCAGUGAUUUUUUUUUUGUCUUUGAUCAAAUGGCUUUGUGAGAUUGAUUGAUCGGUCCCAUUUGUGCAUUUUUUUAUCUGUUUGUUGUUGCAAUGAGUGAAGAAUAAUAAUGUCUGAAAUUCUGAAUAAACCAUGACAGGAAGUGUUUUUGUUUC